GCUUUACACCGAAGAAUAAACAACAAGAUGUCUGGACGCGGGAAAGGUGUCGGUAAGACCAGGGCGAAGGCGAAGACCAGGUCCUCCCGGGCCGGGCUCCAGUUCCCGGUGGGCCGUGUCCACAGACAUCUGAGGAAGGGGAACUUCGCUCAGCGCGUCGGUGCCGGAGCCCCCGUGUAUCUGGCGGCCGUGCUGGAGUACCUGACCGCUGAGAUCCUGGAGCUGGCUGGAAACGCUGCCCGCGACAACAAGAAGACCCGCAUCAUCCCCCGCCAUCUGCAGCUGGCCGUCCGCAACGACGAGGAGCUCAACAAGCUGCUGGGCGGAGUGACCAUCGCUCAGGGCGGCGUGCUGCCCAACAUCCAGGCCGUCCUGCUGCCCAAGAAGACCGAGAAGCCCGCCAAGAAGUAAACAACCCGGAAACCGAUUCAACAAACCCAAACAAACGGUUCUUUUAAGAGCCAAACACACUUACGACUAAAGACUGAGCUCCUUCGUUACUAUGGUUACAUUUAUGGCGGUUGGUGAUUUAUUUACAACGAACUGUAAAAUUACAGAUGAAAUAUUGUGAUAUUAUGGGCCAUAUUACAUGUAUAAUAGAAGAUAAGACUAUUAUUGGACUACUUUUGUUCUAGUUAAUCUGUUUAGUUGACUGAGAAGCCCGCCAAAAAACAUCCAAAUAAAAGGCUGUUUUAUAAAGCCUCAUAGCCUACGUCUAGCUUGAUAAUAUCACAUUUAUUACCAGUUUUUUCACUUACAACAAUAGUAACGUUACUUUUUUGAUUGAUUAGACAGUAACAGAAAUAAAUGCAUAACAAGAUGCCAUCACAGUGACAUUGCACAUUUAACAGAACUGUCGAGGAUAACGUUGUAGUCUGAUAAAGAUGUCCAGGCAAGCUA